CUUUGGCUCUAGGAAAACCGGAUAUGUUAAUUAUCGUUUCUUUUUUUCUUGCCUCUUUUUUGCUUUUGUAAAACAUGUUUUCUCAAUAAUUGACAUGGGAAUUAUUGUUUUGACAAUACAUUUCAAACAAACAUAUUUAUUUCAAAGUUAUACACUGAAAAUGGAAUCCGGUCCCAAUUUGUUGUUUGACGCUGCCAGGGUGACCGGGGUAACAUCCGGGAGAUGGAAAGAGGAGUCGCGAGAUUGACGCCGCCUACCUGGCGUUCCCAUUGGAAGAGCGAAACUCUUUUUGCCCAACGGCUAAUGUCAUUCGCUCUCCUCCCUGUCAAUCUAGGACAUCACAAUAGGCUGCCUCCUCUUCUGAUUCUUGCAUUCCCUCUUAAUGGAGCCGCAUAACAUCGGAACAAAAGCAAUUGUUUGCGGCUCGACAAAAUUAGGAAGCGUUUUUCUCUGAAGAAACGGAAAUGGUUAAAAAGACAUCCGUUAGCGUCUACAGCAUCUGUGGGUAAUUUGUCGGGCUGCCCGUGCCGCUUUGCUAAACCAGCUAGCAACUAAAACAGAAUUAAAGCACCUUUUAUUGUAAGUUCCUGUCAGAUAAUAGUUCAGUGUCUGUGGAGGCUGUCUCGUUUACCUUUAGAGACAUCUCUCUGGCUUUUGUAGUGUAGUAUUUAUAUUUUUUUUACCUGGAACAUCAGCCAGUUCGUGAUCCAUCUGUCCCUCCCUGCAGAUCUGUCCUGAUGCUGUCAAGCUCAAAGCUCGGUGCAUGAUGUGUUUCUGCUGUGACGUAGAAGACCUCCACCUUGGGCAGGGUUCAUUGUUGUCACUUCCUGAGCCCUGUCCUCCGCAAUAAUGACUGACAAGAGGAACCCACCGUUUUUCAAUGAUGACAAUGUAGGCGUGCUGCACUACAAGCUGCCCUUCAGCGAGACCAUGGAGCUGUUCAUUGAGACUCUGACAGGAACAUGCUUCCAGCUGCGCGUCGCUCCGUUUGAACAGGUCGUCUCUGUCAAGGCCAAGAUUCAGAGAUUGGAGGGCAUCCCGGUGUCUCAGCAGCAUUUGAUUUGGAACGGUAUGGAGCUUGAAGAUGAGUACUGCUUACAUGAUUACAGCAUCACAGAGGGCUGCACACUCAAGCUGGUGCUCGCCAUGAGAGGAGGACCUGUAAACACUAGACGAGUGACAGUGACAGAUGACUCUGUGCGGGAUAUCAGCGACUGCCUUGAUGCCGGGAGAGAGGAGAUGUGGGAAAAAUCUCUGCCUAAUAAACAGGUCACCUUCCUGGUGUACCGCGAGGGAGACCAGCUCAAUUUCUUUCGCGUGGUGGAUCGGGGCGAUGGGACACUCACACCUGUGUCUGAAUCAUUGAGUGGUGCUUCUGUACGAAAUGUGCGCCCAGAAGAGGAGGAGGAACAAGAAAUCACUUCUUCAGAGCAGCAGACGCUAGAAAACUCCAUCACAAUGGGCAAAAUGAAGCUGCUCAAGGCCAAGAUGGAGAACAUGAACCUUAACAAAAAGCCCAAAAAGUCUGCUAAAUUAAAAGUCCGACCUCCAGUGGGUCCGCGACCUUGCAGCGGUUCCCACGGCUCUGCCCGACACCAUCGAAUGUUCCGUGUCCUUCCUCAAAUAGGCCACGCCUCUUCAACUCAUCUACCUCCAAUCAGUGAUCAGCAGCAACCUGUUGUGUCCUUCCCCACAACUGGCUCUUCCCACCAACCCUUCACAUCUCUCUCCAGUCCCGCUUCCUCAGGCUGCGCUCAUCCGUCCUCUGCAGCCUCUGGCAUAUACAUGCUGCAGGCUGAGGAACCAUGGGAUAAUCCGGUGCCCAGGAAGAUUAGACUCCCUCCUAAAGUAUCGCGGCUGGAUAUGAGAGGGCCUAAAGUCAUGCGAGACUGCGUGUACCCACCUCUAUCUCUUCUGUCCAGUCCUGGAGUUCAGGAUGAAGUUGAUAUCCAGAGCGACCGCCUAACGCUAACUGAGAACACCUCUGUUAUGGAGUCGCCCAAAGCUGUGCCCUUCAAUCUUCCCGAACCCCUGAGUUUGGAUGUAUCUGCUCAGCGAGAGCGAAGUCUGAACUCUUUAACGAUGCCUGAAGCCAACGCCGCAGCUCCUCUUCUUUCCCAAGCUGUCAACUCCAAUUGGAGACUACCGUCCCAACAUGACCUGACCCUCACCACUGAGCCCUUCACACCUCCGCGUCAUUUUGAGUUCACCGGUUCCUCCGUUCAUCCCAGUCCAUCUCAUGCUCUCCUCAGAACCAGCCCAUCUCUCCCCGUCAGUUCUCCUUCACAAUCCACAAUCAAAGUUGACAAGCACUCAGAGGUGAUUUCCAGAAACGAAGCCCGAGACAUUACUAACUUGGCCAAUAAAGCCACUAAAGAGCCAUUGGGAUCAGUGAGCAACACAGAACUUCUGGCUUCCCUUGCGGGCAGUGGUGGUCAGGAGGCCUUGACCGGUCCUUACGCUUUGGGAAGGUUAUGUGCUACCGCCGCCCCCCUUCCAAACAACAUCCAUCUGUUGCAGGAGGACCUGCUGAGGAGGAUCUCCCCCCUACAGCGCACAGCUGGUUUCACAGCAUCAAGCUCAUCAAGUGGCCUCUCCAGUUCAAUAAAGAGAUUAGGGACUCAGACGCAUCACUUGCCCCCUGUGAAGGUUUCCUCUGGAGCGAAGAAGAAGAGCUCAAAGCACUGCUUCCUGUGUGGAAAGAAGACUGGAUUAGCUACCAGUUAUGAAUGCAGGUGUGGCAACAUCUUCUGUUCUAUUCACCGCUACUCGGAGACCCACGACUGCACCUACGACUACAAAAGCGCAGGCCGACGCUUCCUACAGGAGACCAACCCCAUCGUAAGCGCACCGAAGCUACCCAAAAUAUAAAGGCAAAGCACGGUGAGAGGGAAACAAAAGACAACUAUUAAACGAGAGAAAAACCUUGAUCACCAACGUGUGCUUUUAUCACCAUGUUUGCUUCUAAAAAUAGUUUCAAAUAACUGAAAACUGCUCACUCAUAAGUAGUUGCCUUGGAAAACACACUUCUGUUGUCUGCUGUCUUAAAAUGAUUUCACUCAGAAAUUAAUAAUACAAAACCCUGCAUGUAAAUAGUUUCUAAAAACACAUUUCUAUCAUAGGAACAAACUUUUAAAUCAAGUACUUUUAAAUUAGCAGUUACGCGUAACUAUUUACUUGUUUUUUUCGGUGUGUUUGUUUUUUUAAAAUCGAACAAACAAUGGUUUUUCAUGACAAGUCUUGCAGAGAUGCACUUUAGUAAUGCUGAAUAUCUCUUGUGGAGAUUGAAAGGGGUGAUGAUGUGCUUAAACUUUGUGCCGUUUGUCUUUUUGUAAGUUUCCUAUUAGACUUUUCUUAUAUUUCGGACACAUUACUCGUCCUCUCUGUCUAUUAGCACUCUAUGAAACACUUCUUAUCAUGGAAAAUGCCAAGCACUGUACACUCAUGUUAUAAAAAGACUGUUUAACCUUGGUUCACCUUGAGGAUGAAGUAAAUAAGCUCUAUUGGCUGUACAAACACUACACUAUGCAGUUUGACCAUGUAGCAUUAUGAAAGGCUUGGCAUGAUAAGAUGUGAAUGGUUGCCAUUAUAAACGGUCCUUUUUUGUACCUUAGUAUUUGAAAAGCUGCUCAAAAGGUGCAGUUUGUUAUUUGCAUUUUUCUGUAAUUGUCAGAUAAUGAGCCUAAUAAAAUAUCCUUGUGUUUC